GCCUCGACAUAUCACCCGUUCUGUAUCUUUCUUCUCUAUUCCGUAGGAAUCUCAGCCGGGUUUCGACCGACGACUGCUAGCUGCCAAGUCGUAGGAAGUUUCAAUCGUGGCUUCAGAGUGAGCAUGGUGCUAUGAGGCUUCAAAUGGCGAGGGUGAAAUGGCAAGCGAUAAAGGAUAUAGGUGUGAUCGCUGCCUCACAGGCCGGGGAUAUAACCUGGCCCACUCCCAGGUUGAUGGGUUCCCUUUCAUCGGUAAGCUGCUGUAAAUCCGACUUACCUUCAUAUACAUUCUGCAGAGCUGUGCUCUUUCGAUUCUCAUACUCUCCUUUAUUCCGUUUGAAAGUGAGGAGCCCUUCGUUUAACUCAGGCACCAAGGGAAAGCCAUUAGGCAAAGCUAACUAGAACCAGCGGUGUUUUAUUAUAAUAUUCAGUCAUUACAGAAUGAAGUUCUCGACGGGUUCCCUUUUUGCCGCUCUGGCGUUGACCGCCUACCUGCCCAACAUCAUCGCCCUACAGGGCGGCCUUGCUAGCAAGGGCUCGGUGGCGGUAUUCUCUCGCGAGCUGGUUGCCAAUGGUACUGCUGCUGCUAAUGGGACCGAGGCGGUCGGCGCCGGCAAGGACGAGGAGAAUAACAACAAGGACGAGGAAAAUGUCAACGAGGAGGAGAAUGUCGAAGAGAACGCCAACGAGCAGAAUGCUGAUGAGGAGAAUGCCGACAAGGACAACGUCAACCAAGACAACGAGAACAAGGACGAGAAAAACGAGGACGUUAAUAACAACAAUAACUUUCAAGAUAUCAACAUCGGCAACAUCACCAUCGACGGCAGAAACCUAGAGGAAAGUCUCCGACAGAACAUUGGGAACCUCAUUCUCUCCCUGGGAAUUUCCAACUUCAACCUGAACAGUCUUGCUGGCCUUGGUGUCGGCAACCAAAUCCAACUCCUCCUCCAGCUUCAGCAGCUCGCUCAGCUCCAGCAGCUAGGCAUCCUCAACUCCUUUUCCAUCCAGCAGCUCCUCCGACAGGAAAUCCUCCGGAAGAACUUUAACAUCGGCGUUAUCAAGCGGACUAUCGACGCAUCGGUCAAGCGGGCUGCUCGUGACAAUAGACGCGCCGUUAUGAUGAACAGGAAGUAUUAGAAGAGGAGCUCAGCCAGGCAAACUACGCUCCAUCUCUAGAUAUCUUCAUAUCAAGGGUUGAGGGUCCUUUUGUGCCAACUAAUAGUAGUACUGCGGUGGUGGCUGGAUUUUGUCGGCUUCAGGCCUAGAGAUUUGUUGCCCGCUGCAUACUUUUCUGUAUUCUAUUUCUACCUACGGGUUUUGGGCUAGUGGAGGCUAGGUC